UAAAGCAAGUCAUAAAUGAUGCAAUUAAGGAGAAUUUUGGGGAUUUGGAUCAUUUUGGUUGCGAGUUGGGGAGCUUACCUUCUAUCAAGGAACAUCCUAGCAGUGUCAUUUGCACCAAGAGACACCCAUGAAGCUCAGGUGCAGUUUGCUCUUGAAAGAGGAGUGCCUGCAUUGAUCGGAGUUCUUGCCUCUAUUAGGCUCCCUUACCCGUCAAGAGCUUUCGACAUGGCUCAUUGCUCUCGAUGCCUCAUCCCUUGGGGGCAGUAUGAUGGGCUUUACUUAAUUGAAGUUGAUAGAAUUCUACGUCCUGGUGGUUAUUGGAUUCUAUCUGGACCACCAAUUAACUGGGAAAGUCAUUGGAAAGGUUGGAAUAGGACACGGGAUGACCUGAGAGCAGAACAAAACCUGAUCGAGACUGUGGCUAGAAGCCUCUGCUGGAAAAAACUUGUACAGAAGGAUGACCUUGCCAUUUGGCAAAAACCCACUAAUCAUAUCCAUUGUAGAGCUAACAGGAAGGUUUUCAAGCAGCCACGCUUUUGCCAGACUCAAAAUCCUGACAUGGCAUGGUACACAAAAUUAGAGACUUGUUUAACCCCACUGCCUGAAGUAUCCAAUAUUAAGGAAAUAGCUGGUAGGCAACUAGCAAAAUGGCCCGAGAGGCUGAAUGCAAUCCCUCCAAGGAUCAGCAGUGGAAGCUUGACAGGAAUCACAGAAAAAACGUUUGUAGAAAACACAGAACUAUGGAAGAAGAGGGUAGAAUAUUAUAAGAGAGUAGACCAUCAGCUGGCAGAGACGGGGAGGUACCGGAACUUGUUGGAUAUGAAUGCUCAUCUGGGAGGCUUCGCCGCAGCUCUUGUCGAUGAUCCUGUCUGGACCAUGAACGUUGUCCCCAUCGAGGCUGAGAUCAACACUCUUGGAGCCGUCUAUGAACGUGGAUUGAUCGGAACAUAUCAAAGCUGGUGCCAGGCAAUGUCCACUUAUCCUAGGACCUACGAUUUUAUUCACGCUGAUUCUAUCUUCAGCCUCUACCAAGACAGAUGUGAAAUGGAGGAUAUACUUCUAGAAAUGGAUAGGAUUUUACGACCAGAAGGCAGUGUGAUCAUCAGAGACGACGUGGAUGUCUUGGUGAAGAUCAAGAACAUCAUAGAUGUUAUGCAAUGGGAUGGAAGAAUUGUAGACCAUGAGGACGGACCCCAUGAGAGAGAGAAGAUUCUUUUUGCAGUUAAGCAAUAUUGGACCGCUCCUGCACCUGAACAAAGCCAACAAGGAAUUAAAACAAUUUCAUAGAGAUAAUUGUUACUAUUUUUUGGGCUUACACCUCAUUUUUUUUCCCUACCGCAACAUGUCGGUUGAAUAGGUUUAUUUUUACAAAAGAAAAAACUUUAUGGCUCUAUUCUUGUCCCUUCUACAGUUGGAUAUAUGAUAAUUUUCCAUUGUCUAA